AUCAUCAUUAUUUUGCAAUAUCUUCCUCGUAUGCCCAUGCCUGACUUCCUGUCUGGCUUGUGCUGCUCCAUCUCCAUUCCGUCGUCAGUGUGAACUGGGCAUGGCUCGCCACCUCCUCACCUGCCAUUCAGCAAACACACGGAUCUGCUGAGCAAUCCAGACCAGCAAAAUGGCGGCAACGUCAUCCAUCCAGCCGCCGAGCGUGCACUCUUCUCUAGCGCAGAAGAGUGCCAUUUGUCCGCCCAUGAGCAGCCCCGAGAGCCAGCAGCCGGAGGAUGAAGAUGCGGCGGCUGCGGCAGCGACAGCGGCUGCGGGAGCGGCCGCGGCUGGAGCGCAACCCGCAGAGCCAAGCCUCCGUGACUUGCCCGAGCUGGAGCCGGCGGAGAUCGAAAAGAGGCUUGCAAAAACUCGCCAAGAGCUUCGCAACAGACGGAAAAUACUUAUUAAGAACCUCCCGCCCGACACAAGCAACCAGGAGGUCCACGAAAUCCUGAAAGAAUACGAACUGAAGUACUGCUUUGUCGAUCGCAAUAAAGGCACAGCCUUUGUGACUUUGCUGAACGGGGACCAGGCUCAGGAUGCCAUCCGCUCCCUCCAUCACAGCACUGUCCGGGGACGCCUGAUCAAUGUCACCCUGCAGCCGACAGACUCGCUGCUGUGCCUCACCAACCUGCCCCACACCUUCAGCGGCCAGCAGUUUGAGGAGCUGGUACGUUCCUACGGAAACAUCGAGCGCUCCUUUCUGGUGUACAGCCACCUGACGGGCCACUCCAAAGGCUACGGAUUUGUCGAGUACAUGAAGAAAGACUCGGCUUCGCGGGCCCGUUCCGAGUUGCUGGGACGACCGCUGGGGGACCGCUCACUGAUGGUGCAAUGGAUGGACGUCAACCAGCUGACUCAGGAAGAGAACCUGCACUCCAAAUGUGUGUGUGUGGACCGACUGCCUCUGGACCUCUGUGACUCGGAGGAGAUGAGCCAAAUCUUCUCGGAAACAUACAAACCGGUCUUCUGCCAGCUCGCUCAGGAUGAAGGAAGUCCGGUGCGCGGCUUCGGUGUGGUGGAGUACGAGUGCGCGGAGCAAGCAGAGUCGGUGCUGCUUGAGAUGGACCGAAAAGUAGUGGGAAGACAGGAGGUCCGUCUGUCGCUCUGUACGCCCGGCACCUCAGGGAGAAGCACCCUGGCUGCGCUUAUCGCUGCCCAGGGUAUGAUUCUAAGUAACAGGAAAGGGCUGUUGCCGGAACCCAACCUGGCUCAGGUGUUGACCAGUAUGACAAACCCUGCAGCCUUACAGAUCCUCUUGAGACCUUAUCACACUGGCAAACGGGGAGGGAAGUAUGGGCGUCGCAUGAACCUGCCAUUUCUCAGGCCGCCGCUCACCACCGCUCUUCUGACACUUGGAAAAGCUCAACAGAGUGCCAUGUUUGGCAAUGGACUCCUUCUUCAGAACCUCCUGCACAUCCAGCUUGCUCAACAGCAGCUUCUACACAUCAAAGACAAGUGCAUCAGCAGUGCCUCCAGCCUGCUGGGAGAUCCAGCCAGGUUGCUGGUGCAGAAAACUUUACCUCUGCGCACUCCAGGCCUCAUAGCAGUUGGGAAAGGCCUCCUGGGAGACUCCCCCUCAGAAUUUUGCAACGAGCCUGUGCCAGCGUCAAGCCACAACGCCACGGUGGUGGUGUCGGCAACAGGUGUGAUGCCCUACUUCCAGCCCCGACCUGGCGGAGGAGAACAAAACAGCAGCCAGUCCAUCAGCGCUGCCCCUGCCGCCUGCUCCUCUUCCUCCAUCACGUCUUCUUCUUCUUCUUCCCCCUCGGGCUGUGGUGAUAGGCAGGCUGUCCCUUCAGGGAGCCUCAUGCAGGGACACAACUACUCUUUGGGAAGAAGCCAAAAUACAGCUCCGCCCAAACCCCCAGGAGAGGUUUAUACAUCCGCCGGGCUUCACACCACUUCAGACGGCUUUCCACUCAGCAACAUGGUAAACAACGGUCAGAAUUCUCUGCUGGGAGAGCCCCCCAAAGAUGUCCGACUGCCUUCCAAUCCGUACUUGAAUCUAGCCAGUGUCAUGCCAGGGGUUGUUCUGCAAGGGUCACUGGGCAAUAAAGCCCAGGGAGGGCAGCCUGCCUCGGCCAUGUACGGCAACUCGGCGGCGCCAGCGACGACCCCUGUUGUCUCGCAGGCUGGCGGUUCCUUCUGUCAGAACGCAGCCGCUUCCGCCACAUCCUCGUACAACACUGACACUUCCUCGGAUUACUACAAUCAGGCCUACACACAGGAGGCCAUGCAACAGUGGUACCAACACUACCAAACAGCACAAGGCUACAAUUCGGCAACUCCACAGGUCAAUGCAGCCGCUGAUUACUCCAAGGACCACACGCAGGUUCCACCGGUUUCCUCGUACAGCGAUUACAAUUCCUACAUGCAGACGUUCACUCAGUAUUAUUCCCAGUCUACAGCUACUCAGGCCUAUGCCGCCAAGGAAAUGGAUGCGUGUAAGCCUCUAGGCGUGGCUCUUCAUGCCGUCAACAACGGAGUGGCUUCUUCCCCUGCUGUCCUACCAACUGCUGCCAUGCUGCCACCUUACAGCACCCUGCCUCUGAUGCCCGCUUUCCUCGGCGCGCCGCACCCAAUGGCGGCCGGGCCAAAUGCUGUCACCCAUGCGCAAGCUGCCGCCAGCGACUGGAACGCCUACUAUUAUAAUCAGACGCGGGGCCACAAGAGGGAGUACCCCCAGUUGGCGGUGCAGGAAGUGACAUCAUCGGAUGGCGGCUACAUCGGGCAGCACUCUCAAGGCCUUGGGGGGCAGUAUGCUGAUUAUUUCAAGAGGAAGAGGCUCUAGAGUGAGCAGCCCGCCCAUCUUUCAAUCUGGGUCCUCACUUUGGUUGCCUAUCACAAACACUGUGGUCCUAUUCACGUAGACACAACUUCAAAUGUAUUCAUGUCAAACAAUCAACUCCAAAAGGUAAGUUGGGGAACUGAGUGUGCCUUCUUGUGCCGCGUGAUGACGCCGCGCAAGCCACUUUAUACAGCCCCAUCGCUAACCUGGAAACCCCAAUGAUUGCCUACAAAUGCUACCAUGUGGUGGCAAAGCACUACUUUUGUCUAAAUACAACUUCAACAUCAAGAUUCGUAAUCAAAUAUGUCUUACCGCUUUGACCUGGGCAAUCCAAAAAGGUGAAUUUUUCAGCAAUGGAUGGAAUGUACCUUCCCCUAAACAUCUGCCAAAAGGGCAAUUUGUGGACGCCCAACUGCAACCGCGUCUUCAUGUAUGUGUGGAAGUGCUAACAAACGGGUCCAUAUCUGACUUCUAUUGUCACGACCGGUUUGCUUCUGUGUAGGUUGUCAUGGUUUCUGUCCGCAUCUGUGUGCUCGCCCCUCCCUUCCUGUGUCUACUCCCAAUCAAUGUACUAAUUAGUCACCCGCCUCUCGUUACCUGUCUUGUAUUUAAGUCAUGUCUGCGUGGCACUUGCAGUCGGAUCGUUGAUGUCUCCUUGGCUCACGUCUUUGUCGGUCAGUUUAGUUCUGUUAGCCAACCCGGUCGGUGGGUCGCUGUUACUACUGCUGUGUUGCUCUUCAAUAUGUGUUUGAUGUGCCUCUAUGCGUGUGUGUACUGUUCAUACGUGUGCCUAAGCUGUAUCCAUAGGAAGCGUCAGCCAUUUUCUACUCUCAACACUGGGAGAACAUCAGGAGAUAGGGCAUGGACCAAAAAAAAAAAAAAGAGCCCCUUUGACAUGUAAGAGUUUUUCACCAUGGAGUGUGACUCGCACGUCUAGUGUAUUCAAGAUCCACAUUCAGUAUGUUUACCCGCUCUGUUGUGAGCACAAUGUACAAACUACAAAAACAUGUCAAUAUAUUGUUUUCCAAUCCACUAAACUGUAUAUUUGUAACAUCAUGUUUUUGUACUCCCUGCAAAAAAAAGUACUUUUUUUCAUGGAGUUGUACAAAACCAAAAAAACAAAACGAUUGCUUUAUCCUGGUCUGUUUUUUUGUUUUCUACUGGACUGGUAUUUUAAAGCUAGGUUGGGGAGGCCAUGUUAAACAAGGUGAAAGUUGACAAAGUGAUUUCAGGUCCAUGCGACUAUUCCUUUUCAACACUCCACUUUGUGUGUCACUUGUGAGGCCUGUUCCAGAUAUGUGUAUUGACUGCUACAGUAUCGCAUUUGCUUUUCCCAUUGGAUUUGUGGAAUAUUUAAUCCAAAUGUCAAUGAAUAUGUAAUCCAGCGCCUUUGCUUUUAACCCUUGUGUGCAUAAUAAUGAUCAAAGAGGUAGAAAGCAUUGCGUUUGAAAAAGGAUCGAAUGUAGUUAAGUAGUACCUAGUUGUCUCUCUCUCUCUCUCUCUCUCUCUCUCUCUCAGUGUAAUGUUUGCUAGCGGUAACUCCAAUGUUGCUGCAAGGCACGGUGGUGUUUUGUUGCUCACCUUUCAAUAACCUUCUUUUAUAGAAGCUCAUAAGAGCGUGAAUGUGAUUUCUUUUUGUCUGGCAAAUGUUUCUCUUCAUGUUCAACUUGAGUUGAUGAGGGCUUGCUGCUUUACUAUUCCUGCUUGCUAUGGCAAUAACUAUCUGCUGCAACAUGUUGAAUGUAGUAUUGAUUGCGUUAGUCGACAUUAUAAUAAUCUUACAAAGGACUAGUCAUUUAAGAAGUGAUUUUAAUGUUGCCAAGUGGGAUCUCGUGUUCACACAAUUCUAUGUUUAUAGCAAUAUUCAUUUUGUCUUGCAUUUAUUCUUGCAAAAUUGUAACUUUAUAGCAGCGAUUCUGACCAUAUUUACUCAAUUUAAUGACUAUUCUUGUAAAAGUAAUAUACAUUUAGUUUUCUUUGUUUCAUGCGAUUAUUUCUAUUUGUUCUUUUCAGUGUUACCCUACUACUCAUCAAUAUACUCUUGCAAAUAUAUUUUUUUUAAACUCGUGCUCUACCGUUGCGUAGAAUUGUAACGGCGUACUCGCGUCGCCUUAGCACCGCUGAAAAGCAAUAGCAGAUGAGAUUAACCUUCUUUUUAGGGUCACCGGGCUAAAAGAAUAUGCUCUUCCAUGAGACCAUUCUAUUCUUCUUCUUCUAUCAUGCUGUGGCCCAUGAAUAUACUUGCAAGCACGACAUCAUUCACUUGGCCAUUUGGUGUCAUGCAUGUGGGUGGCGGACGACUGAUUGAGCCUGUCAACUGCUGACUGAGUCGGUAGGCCGGACGGAAUGUGCUGCCUCGACAUCUGUAAGUUAUUGCUCAGCCUUUUCUCUCAAUGUUUUGACUCGACUCCUGUAUGCAGGUGGGAAGCGAGCGGACAGCGCUAGCUUUUGAUUAGGCCAGCCAUACAAAUUCAAAUUAGUGUUAAGUGCUAUUGCUUUUCUAUUCGUUUUUUUAUGUCUGCAAUUGUACGGUAUUGUUUUGGUUGGUGUGUGGCAAAGGUACCAGUAUGCCUACAAAGUGACCUGUGUGAUAUUUACAAUAGUUUAGAUGAAGGAUAGAAUGUCUGUGAUUCACGCUUUGUAAACAUAAGGCUUUUAUUUAUUUGGGAUCUGAUAUAGAGAUUUUGCUACAUUUUAUAUCGCUUUGUUUGACUGUGAAUGGAAUAUUUUCAGGAAAAGUUGCGAGGGUUACAUACAGGACAUACUAUAUCUAUAUAUACAUACACACACACACACACACACGGUGUAUAUCUUCAAGAUGUAGUUAUUACAUUGCAUUUGGAAAGACAAAGAAGACAGUGAUUUUAUUUAUUUUUCCAUUGUCUAACUAUGGAAGUUAUAACCACCAUGAGUGAAACUGUUGUCUUCUUUUCUUUUCUUUCAAGAGGAAUUGUCUUUUACAUUCCCUAAUUAAAAUGUGGACUCGAAUGUUUCCUUUUUCUUUGUCACAUUAAAAUGGUAAAAGCCUUGCUGAAAGCCUUCACAUAAAGAGUGAAAUGGUACAGAUAAAAUGAAAAUAGACAUAAAGGUAAAACAAAUGUUUAAAAUACAUUUGAACUGAGAAUGCCCUGUAAAAUAACAAAAUAGUAAGGUGCGACUAUCAGUCUUGCAACAUGUAUACUUUUUUUUCUUUUUAAUA